CGAUGUUUUUGGAAAGUAGUCAGAGGAAUGCUUCAAUAUAAAUCAAAAAGAGGAGCAGCUGCUUUAGAAAGAUUAAAGAUCUUUGAAGGAGUCCCACCUCCAUAUGAUACAAGAAAGAGAUAAGUUGUUCCAGAUGCUCUCAAAUUGAUCAGAUUAAAGAAUCACAGACCCUUCUGCUCUUUAGGUGAUUUAUGUGCCUCAGUAGGAUGGAAUUCAUAAGCUGUUGUUAACAGACUUGAAGAGAAGAGAAAGCAAAGGUAUCGUGCAUUUUUAACACUUCAAUUAGAGGUGCUGCCUAUUACAAGAGAAAGAUAGCCAGAGAAAAUCUUAGAAGAAAGGCCAUUGGAGCUAAAGAACUUGCUACAAUCAACACAGAGUUAGAGAAGUUAGGCUAUUGAAAAAAUAUAAUAAAAUCAUGUACAUUUAAUCUUUAUAAUGUAAAAAAAAU